AUGGCCAAAUUACCUCCAUUACCAUUUCAUGUCUUAUCGGCAUUUGCUCCUACUGCAGGAACAGGUUCACAAGCAGCUGUGAUUAUCUAUCCAUCUAUUUCGGAUCCUAGAUGGUUGGAUGAUAGUUGGUUGCAAAAAGUAUCGGCAGAUUUCAAUUAUACAGCUACAGUACAUAUCGCACCGAUCCCUUCGCCUACAACGCCAUCUUCGUCUGCGCUCACGAAACUCCAGUCGAACCCAUAUGAUAAGGGCGAUGACGGUGAUGGCCAAGAGGUUUCAUGGGAAAUUAGGUGGUUCACUGCAGUAUCAGAAUUAGCUUUAUGUGGACAUGGAACUAUAGCAUCAUCUUACCUGUUAUUUCAAAAAUACCCGUCAUUGAAUCAAAUCAAUUAUGUUAAUCCCAUAGCAGGAAAAUUCAUUGCGCGUCGUUCGGAUGGUUCCUUUCAAGCUCAAGCUCAAGAUCAAAGAAAGAUGCAAAGCAAAAGUAAAAAGAGUCAACUGGUAGAGAUCAAUUUACCUUCACUUCCUUCCGAAGUGAUCAGUACUUUCGGUAAAGGUAUAGAUACAGACAUGAUAAAAGUGGAAAAACGACAUCCAGAUUACGAUAAAUUGAUCAAGGCAAUCAAGAUCAAGAACAAAAAUGAUUUAUUGGAUAUAUCAGAAUUCAAAUACGGUGAUAGGAAAUCGUUUAUUAUUUUGAUUAAAGGAGAUGUCGAUUUGAAAGCACUGGAUGUUGAUAUAACGUCUUUGGGCAAUAUCGCUUCAGGUCAAAAUAUAGUAACUCAGAUAACAACACAUUCGUCCAACGAUAAUGACAAAACAUUGGAAAUUCAGUCGAGGAUGUUUUUCCCCGGAGCUGGAAUACCAGAAGAUACAAUUACCGGAUCAGCUCAUACUUAUCUGACCAACUAUUACCUCUCUUCCCCGGCAUCUAAAUUCCUCCCUGUAGAACUGCAAGAAACUCCGGGUGACGUGGUUAUACAUGCUACUCAACUGAGUCAGAGAGGAGGUGGGAUGAAUUGUAUCUUAGGUGAUGGAGUGGUCAGGUUGAUAGGAAGAGUAAGGGAGUUUGGGAGAGGUGAAUUAGUUGAAGAUGACGAUGAAGAUUAG